AUGACCGUCCCAGAUGAAGUUGAUAUCAUCGUGUGUGGUGGUGGCAGUUGUGGAUGUGUUGUUGCUGGCCGAUUGGCCAAUCUCGACCACAAUCUCCAGGUCCUCUUGAUUGAGGGCGGAGAGAGCAACCUGAACAAUCCAUGGGUUUUCCGACCUGGAAUUUACCCGAGGAAUAUGAAGUUGGACUCUAAGACAGCUUCAUUCUACUAUUCGCGUCCUUCAGAAUGGCUCGGUGGCCGAAAGGCCGUCGUUCCUUGCGCUCACAUUCUUGGUGGUGGAUCGUCGAUCAACUUCAUGAUGUAUACUCGCGCUAGUGCCUCUGACUACGAUGACUUCCAAGCCAAGGGGUGGACAACAAAAGAGCUUAUCCCACUCAUGAAGAAGCAUGAGACAUAUCAACGAGCAUCCAACAACAGGGACAUUCAUGGAUUCGAAGGUCCUAUCAAGGUCUCUUUCGGAAACUAUACCUACCCCAUCAUGCAAGAUUUCCUCCGAGCAUCCGAGUCUCAAGGUAUUCCAACAACGGAUGAUCUUCAAGAUCUUGUUACUGGGCAUGGUGCUGAGCACUGGCUCAAGUGGAUUAACCGAGAUACCGGCCGCCGAAGCGACUCUGCCCACGCUUACAUCCACUCAACGAGAUCAGUUUAUCAGAACCUUCAUCUCCAAUGUAACACCAAAGUCGACAAAGUCAUUAUAGAGAAUGGCGUCGCAGUAGGAGUCAGAACAGUACCAACAAAGCCUCUUCACCCGAGCCAACAAUCCCGCACUUUCCGUGCUCGCAAGCAAAUCAUUGUUUCCGGUGGCACGCUCUCAUCGCCAUUGAUCCUUCAACGCUCUGGUAUCGGUGACCCAAAGAAGUUGCAACGCGCUGGCGUCAAGCCUAUCGUCAACCUGCCUGGUGUAGGAUUGAACUUCCAAGAUCAUUACUUGACGUUCUCUGUGUAUCGCGCCAAGCCUGACACUGAGAGUUUCGAUGACUUCGUCCGAGGUGUCCCAGAAGUCCAGAAAGCUGUCUUUGACGAAUGGAAUCUCAAGGGUACCGGCCCACUUGCUACUAACGGCAUUGAAGCUGGUGUCAAGGUUCGCCCCACCGAGGAAGAAUUGGCUGAGAUGGAGAAGUGGCCCACGCCACACUUCAAAUCUGGAUGGGACAGCUACUUCAAGGACAAGCCCGAUAAGCCAGUCAUGCAUUACUCCGUCAUCGCUGGAUGGUUCGGUGACCACAUGUUAAUGCCAGCUGGAAAGUUCUUCACCAUGUUCCAUUUCCUGGAGUACCCAUUCUCUCGUGGUGAGACACAUAUCGUCUCUCCUGACCCAUAUGAAGCUCCAGACUUCGAUGCUGGCUUCAUGAACGACGAGCGGGACAUGGCUCCCAUGGUCUGGGGAUACAUCAAAUCACGUGAGACUGCUCGCCGCAUGGAGGCAUAUGCAGGCGAAGUCCAAGCCAUGCACCCAUUCUACGCUUUCGACUCUCCCGCUCGCGCAAAGGACAUGGACUUGGCUACCACCAAGGCCUACGCUCUUCCGGGCAACUUGACAGCAGGUAUCCAGCACGGCUCUUGGUCCAUGCCCGUCGAAAGUGGCAAGCCUCCUAAGCCCAGCAUGCUGAAUAGCAAUUGCCAGCAUAUUUAUGAGGACUUGAAGUACAGCAACGAGGACAUCAAGCAUGUUGAGGAAUGGGUCAAGAGACACGUUGAAACUACUUGGCACAGUUUGGGCACCUGCUCCAUGGCACCAAAGGAAGGUAACAGCAUCGUCAAGCACGGUGUCUUAGAUGAGCGCCUCAACGUCCACGGCGUCAAGAACCUCAAGGUUGCUGAUCUCUCCAUCUGCCCCGACAACGUUGGCUGUAACACUUAUUCCACCGCUCUCCUGAUCGGUGAGAAGUGCGCCGUCUUGACAGCUGAGGAUCUCGGCUACAGCGGCAAGGCCCUUGAGAUGAAGGUGCCAAACUACCAUGCUCCAGGCGAGCUUUCUGGCAUUGCCAGCGCUAGACUUUAAGUCGGUGGCAUGUUUCGGACGGUGGAGGAUCGAAGAAGGCCAAAUUGUGACCUGAUGAAUGAGGAUAGGUUUCUGUUCAUAGGAUCUGUUUUUGGUAAAGCAAGCUGAACAUACGCUCCU